CGGAUAUAUAUAUAUUUUUAAACUACCCCUUUAGCUAGCUAGCUUACCCGAGGCAAUUGUUUUGUUUUCAAAAAUAUUAUCGAUACUUGCUUUAUUAUAGCUUGCUGCUUCAUAUUGUAAAGCUACUCACUCUCUCGUCAUCAUGGACGAGGAAUAUUACGAAAGGAAUAUUGGAGACUGGGAUGGUCCGGAUGGAAAUCAGGACGACUAUGUUGAAGGGGAGAACGAUGGGAAAGUUCAGGAGGACUGCCUACAGAAGUUCUCCAGCAGAGAUUACAUCAUGGAGCCUGCUGUCUUCAACACCCUCAAAACAUAUUUCCAGGCUGGUGGCUCCCCUGAACAUGUCAUCCAGCUCCUGUCGGAGAACUACUCUGCUGUGGCACAGACUGUCAACCUGCUGGCAGAGUGGCUCAUCCAGAUGGGUGUAGAGCCUGCUCAGGUGCAGGAGCGGGUAGAGAAUCACUUGAAAAGUCUCCUGAUCAAGCACUUUGACCCCCAGAAGGCAGACUCCAUUUUUACUGUAGAGGGAGAGACUCCUGCCUGGCUGGAACAGAUGAUCGCCCACACCACCUGGAGAGACCUUUUCUACAAGCUGGCCGAGGCCCACCCUGACUGUCUGAUGCUCAACUUCACUGUCAAACUCAUCUCAGAUGCGGGCUACCAGGGGGAGAUCACCAGUGUGUCGACAGCGUGCCAGCAGCUGGAGGUGUUCUCCAGGGUCCUAAGGACCUCUCUGGCCACGCUGCUGGAUGGAGGAGAGGACAACCUAGAGAAGAACCUGCCAGAAUUCGCUAAGAUGGUGUGUCACGGGGAGCACACAUACCUGUUUGCCCAGGCCAUGAUGUCCAUCAUGUCUCAGGAGGAGCAGGGGGGGUCGGCCAUGCGCAGGAUCGGCCAGGAAGUACAGAAGUCUGCACAUCAACGGGGCCAUGAUGCCAGUCAGAUAACUCUGGCAUUGGGCACAGCAGCAGCCUACCCUCGAGCCUGCCAGGCCCUGGGCGCAAUGCUGUCCAAAGGGGCACUCAACCCUGCCGACAUCACUGUGCUCUUCAAGAUGUUCAGCAGCAUGGACCCACCUCCCGUAGAGCUGAUCCGAGUGCCUGCGUUCCUCGACCUGUUCAUGCAGUCGCUGUUCAAGCCGGGCUCAAAGAUCAACCAGGACCAUAAACACAAAUACAUUCACAUCCUGGCCUAUGCUGCCAGUGUGGUUGAAACAUGGAAAAAGAACAAGCGAGUGAACAUCAACAAGGACGAGCUUAAAUCCACCUCCAAGGCCAUUGAGACGGUCCAUAACCUGUGUUGCAAUGAGAAUAAAGGAGCCACAGAACUGGUGGCUGAGCUCAGCACCCUGUACCAGUGCAUCCGAUUCCCAGUUGUUGCCAUGGGGGUACUGAAGUGGGUUGAUUGGACGGUCUCUGAGCCCCGCUACUUCCAGCUCCAGACAGACCACACCCCUGUCCACCUGGCACUUCUGGACGAGAUCAGCACCUGUCACCAGCUUCUGCACCCACAGGUCCUCCAUCUACUGAUCAAGCUCUUUGAGACCGAACACUCCCAGCUCGACGUCAUGGAGCAGAUGGAACUGAAGAAGACCCUGUUGGACCGUAUGGUCCACCUGCUGAGUCGAGGCUACGUGCUGCCUGUGGUCGGAUACAUCCGCAAGUGCCUGGAGAAGCUCAACACAGACAUCUCUCUCAUCCGCUACUUUGUAACGGAGGUGUUGGAUGUGAUUGCCCCUCCGUACACGUCAGACUUUGUCCAGCUGUUCCUGCCCAUCCUGGAGAACGACAGCAUCGCUGGCACAAUACGCACAGAGGGAGAACACGAUCCUGUGGCUGAGUUUAUAGCUCACUGCAAAUCCAACUUCAUCAUGAUGAACUGAGAAUGACACUGGUGGGUCAACCUUGGAUGAGGAUGUAGUGGGAAUACCAGGGAGGGGCAGAAGGCGUGACCUCAGUUAUGAGCCAAUCAUACCUUGACGUGUUGUGUGGACUGGUGGAAAGGGAAUAGAACAAUUUUGAGGCAGACCAUUUUCAUAGACUGACCUGCGAUUUUGCGUUCUCUCCAAAUGUGGCGUAAACACAUGACUUUGAGAAUUAAAAGGAUGUUGUAGUGUAUCAUUGCUUAUCACAGUUAAUAAGGGUCUGGAGGUUUGAGGAUAACUUGUUUUACAGUGCAGCUCCAUCAUCGGUUUCACUGUUGUUUCCAUUGGUAUGUGCCAAGGUUUCAAAAUCCAUUUUCUGUUGCAUUGUCUUUUGAUUUUUGUUAAAAUGAUUGUUCAAAAGAUAAACGUUAAUUGAAAAGUU